AUGGUGUUAGACGAUAACAUUGGCACAAGUCUGAAAUAAAGAAAUGAGUUCAUUUUCAACACCAAAACCUCAGUAUGUGUUAAGAAACUGUUUCUGCUUUACUGUACAUGUUAAACAUGUUAUGGCAGAGGAUUCUAUUUUUCCGAGAUAUUUUUAAUGCAGUGCCCCUCUUUUGAUUCCGGAAUUAGUCCGACUGGGCUGAGUCUUGCCGCUCAAAUGAGACCUACUGUGUUCAGUUGUCCGGAAACUGUUUUCAUUUUUAAUCUUCUCUUUGCAAAAUUAACCAAAUUCAAUAACUGUUAUCGUCUGAUGAUGAUUUUUGAAGGGCAAAGUGAAAUAAAUUGAGGUACAAUGACCGCUCUUAGUAAGAUUCUCCAACUAGCUUCUCAAGAUCUACAAACGAAAUCUGUAUUAAGUGACAACCGGUAAGACUCAGCUUUUACCUUGUAUAGUGGAGACCUCUGUGAUCGACCGAAUCUACUCACGGAAAUAUUGUGUAAAUACGAUACUUAGUGACAUUUGCCAAAUCUUCGUGAGCAGGAGAACUUGGCAUGGUAGCGAAAGUUUUAAUAACAUAGAUGUUGGAGCCAAUCGCCACCGCCUAGCUCGGAUUAAAUCGCCCUGUAUAAUAAUUCUAUUGCCUACCCCGUGCUUGACAUACCACGUGUCCAUUUUUACUUCUUUAGAUCAUGAAGAGGCUCUUUUUAACCCAAACUGUCGCAUUCUUCACCUGUUGGAAGACAUUAAAAGGCGAUGUAACUGUGCUGAGAAUGGUUUGUGAUUAGUUUGGGUAAAACUUUUAGUACUUUUUUGUGCACAAAUUGCCACAUCAGUUAAGCACACAUGCGAGCCUACAUAAUACACCUGGGCUAAACGCCCCUUCCCCCACUCCCCUCGUUUUAGGGGAGCGCUAUCAAGAAUAUCAUCCUGACGCUGUUAUGUGCGUGUCGUCACAGAAGGGCCACUUUUAGCAGGUUAAGAUUAAGAGAGGGAAGAAAAGGAACAGUAUGGAUCAAAAGAUUCUUAUGGAUGGAUUCAGCAGACAGAAGAGCAAAGGGUCUGGGGACUUAAUUUAGGGCAGAAAGCUUGGAUGAACUACAAAAAUGUGGGCAUUUAUUUAUCAUUAAUCUGCAACGGUUUUCUGAUAAAUAGCGGGCUUAUGGAGAGCAGGGUACGGAAUUCGGAGAAUUCUCAACACCCUUCCUACCCAGUGCCUCAGCUCAAUAUAUUCAAGGGGAUAUUUGACUUUACCUGACGAAGGGUUCUCCGGUAGCAUGACUAUUAAGCAGUUAUAUUUUCCCUAUUUUUUUGUCUACUGCAAGCACUGUCAGGGGUGUAACCAGGAUUUUUUAAAGGGGAGGUCACACUCUGUCAAACAGAGGAUACUCACUAGAUUGUCAUGUCGACCUCCACGCCGUACCCCUAGACCUCCCCCUAGUUACGGCCUUGAUUAUGCGUUUGUACUUAUGUUAGUUGUAAGAUCUUUGUGUUACUGUGAAAUAUCCCCGUUCAUGACUUCUAGUAUCUACUUUUUCCUUGACAAUAAAUUGAUGGUUCAAGGAUUUUUUUAAUCCCACUUUUGUUGUAAUUAAACAGCAGUCAUUGACCUCUCGGAUCUACAGGGAGCAGUAAAGAAUCUAACAGAUCAUCAAGCAUCAAAUGGCAGCGAAUUCCUCAACGAACGAGAAACAUUUAUUCUCGUGCGAGUUGAAAGUAGGGAACUCUUUCGAGUUGAUGCAACUCAAGUUCUAUAGAAACUCGCUUUUUUUUUCGUUUUACAUAACCGUUGCUUCAAGACUAAAUGCAAACCAAUUAAGAUGUUAAUUUGAUAAAAAUCUUUCAUGUGAUCCUGAAUUCAUAAAACCAUGUUCACAUAUCACCAUCCAAUGCUUUCACUUCUGUUUCAUUUUUUUUCGUUUUUGUUUUAAUUUUGUUUUGUUUUGUAGAAAACAUAGAGGGCCGUGAAUUUCCCCUAUACACACCUCUUCUUAAUGACGAGGACGUUUUGACAAAGGAUUUCCUAGGUGAGCAUUUGGGACUUUUAACAUGUCACUUAUAUUUUGAUGAGUACCUUCACAUGUCUAUUUUCAAUAGUUUACUUAUAGCCACCUUUAAAUAGACUUCACUAUACCAGCUUCCGUUCGAGAAAUGAGCUCGCGCUCCUUCCAUCCGGGGAAACGGCAGAAAUCGAGCCCACCUUUUUAACUGAUAUUCUACUUCAUUUCAAGACCCAAAUCUAGUCCCGGAUGUGUACUCACUGAUUGGAGUUUAGAUCGAGUGUUAAGUGUUGCGUUCCCCCUCAAUGCAGUAAAUAAGGGGCGAUUUCACCCUGUUGACAUUUCCGGGAGCAAACCAUAAGUUUUAAAGGUACAUUUUUAACCAAUAUUUUGCCCCUAUUUUAGAAAGUUUACGCCGCACGCCCACUGACACCCUAGAGGUCAGCGGCAGAGGUUCUCGUAGCAUGCGUCGAGGAAGCCUAAAACCAAGUGUCAAACGAAAGCAGUCAUCGGGAAAUCUCAGUCUUAGUCCCACAGGGAGCAAUUCUACGGGUAAUAAACCCAGUGCCACAUCAAGAAAGCGUUCGACCUCAAACCGGCGGACUUAAUAAGAUGAACCAAGUGUACUGGCAACGGCGUGACAGAAGCCAAAAAAAUUUGCUAAGUGCAUGUUUUCAAUGGAGCACGCAACAAAAGUAAAGGCAAAGUCGUGUGUCAUUCAUUUGCUCUUUGUUUGGCUUGUUAUGAUACUGGCAAAGCGAAUUACUUUCUGAGAACUCUAAAUUUUGUUGUACCGGUAACCAUCGUCUAUGCAUUUGAUUUGUCUCCUAAGCUCUCAUUUUAUAUCAUCAUAUUUCCAAACGAAAAUUGUAAUCAGUGCGAUACCAGACGCAACUAGGAAUAUUGUAUCGCAAUUUCAUAGAUAUACAUUGAGAAGGAUAUUGGAAAAGGCGUUUUUUCUAACAUGAUUCGCUUCAGGAGAGCAGCAACUGAUGCUUAUUUAGAAGUCUCUUCAUCGGUGACAAAAGGCGACCUUACACAAGUAAUGCUCACAAAAAAAAUAGUCACUGAACUUUUUAGUUACGCAGGUUCAGUGUCACUUUAGUGUGACCGGAAGCAAAAUUGUUUUGCUUGUAAAGAUCAAGCAUGUGAAAGAAGCAUGCGUGAAAUAAGUUUUUCUUGUUCAGUCUUUACUCCUUACAGGAUUGAUGUCAGCGUCAGAAGUACACACGCAAAACGAAUGGACACAAUUGAGCGCAUGCGCCUGACAAAAAAGGAGAUAAUCUCGCGCAUGUACACAACAACGCGACUCAAGUUCGAGCGUGUGCACAACGGAUAAAGAUGUUUACUCAUCUUAAUUACAUUUUCUGUAUUUCCCACUUGUUGGUCUUUUAUUUACUUAACAGAGUUAUGUUUGUCCGCAACAGUCUUUAACUAAACUUAUAAAAUCAACCUACCAUAACUAGGCGAGUAUCAGUUAGCUAUGAUAACGAUGUAGUUUUUACUUUGGUAUUCAGAAUAUUCUCUGAAAAACCAACCUAGCCUCUUUAGCCACGAACAUGGUCGUCCAAACCUUUUUCUUUGUCCACUAUAACCCUUACCCACUGAAUGCCCCUCAAUGUUCAGUUGAUGAAAAUGAGCGUUUUCAUUGAGGUAGGUGAGCCUAGGUUGAAUAACCCCCCAAGAAAUUUGUUUUUAACUUUGACAUUGUUAAAUAUGAAUAUUUGUACCUAAUGAGUUAAUUAUCAAAUACCAGGCUUAGAUCUCUCGGACCACCGUGAUUAGAAUAAGUUUAACAAGUUGAAUAGGAUUUGUAGAGAGUACAUUGUAUAACUGGACAUAAACAGUUUAGACAAAGGCGCGCAAGGCUUUUAUCAGGCAAAAUAAACGAUUAAGUGAUGGCGCCAGAAUGCCUUCCGUAUAUUGUGGAAACCUUUA